UUUUUUAUCUGCUCUCUCGUAGUGCGACCAAAUCUUCAUACAAAAAUGACUGAAACUGAGUCUUCACCGAAAGUUGUGGCAUCCGUGGAUGUGAAAGUGAUUGAAGAAGUUACUAAGCCCGUUGUGGCUGAAGUUAAAGCUCCGGUGCAGGAGGAACCCAAGGUGGUUGUACCACUUGUUGAAGAAAAAAUGCCUUCUUUGGAAACCGCCCCGUUCGACCCGCGUUUCCCCAACACCAACCAAACUCGUUACUGCUACUCCAGCUAUCUGGACUUCUACAGGUGCCAGAAGGUCAAGGGCGAAAGCUACAAACCCUGCCAAUACUUUAAGAAAGUGUACAACUCUGUCUGCCCGAACUCCUGGGUCGAAAAGUGGAACGACCAAAGGGAAGAUGGAACUUUCCCAGCUAAAAUCUAAGCACAUCCCAAGCAUUAAUAGUUAUCUAUUGUAGGAGAAUUUUAACAAAACAAAUAUGUAAUAUAAUCAUAAUGAAAGUAAUAAAAAGUUAAGUCUAAA